ACUUCAAGAGAUGCAUCUCCUAAAUGUCUUUGCUCUGGUGGUCCUGUUAGCGAGCGCCCGAGCCAGCUUUGAUCUGACCGACCUCUGGCGGAUAGAGGAUCGAUCCCAGGAAGUGGAGGAUACACCCCACGACUCUAGUUCCCUCGAACUCACCUACAACCUUGAGGAACAUCCAGCAGAACUUUCUAGAAGCCAAACUCCCCUCAAAAAUAGCGACAAACCCCGCCAACACAAGGCCCGACACAGAGACUCUCCGACACUACAUGGCGAUCCUCCUCCUCACGUUAACGUCAAACACAAAUAUCUAUCAGACCAUUCGGAGUUAGCAGCACAACUAUCUGAAAUCUUACGACCUUUCUUCUACUCAGGCGAAGGUUCUAAAGAGGCUGUCGAUAAUGUUAGAAAAAUAACUGGCAGCAGCGUUGAUAUACUGCCUCUACACCCAACUUCAAUUAAUACGUACACCAAAGCACCGUUAGCUCUUAUACUAACAUCCCCAAAAGGACAUAAAAGACAGGGAAAGUACGUCUACAAUAAGAAGGAUAAAAACGGCCAUGUAAAAGCUAAUGUUGAAAUAAUCAAUGGCAAUAGCGAAUUUAGUGACGAAGUUAAAGACGGAAACGAUGAUGAUUCGACAGAAGCAGGCAGUUAUGCUCUAAAUAAAUAUGAAGGGAGCCCAAAUGUCCGACAAAAUGGAAGCGAUCAGUGGAGUGAUUACCAAUCCAGUGUCAGUUUUGGCGAUGGCGUUUCAUGGAAUCCGUAUGAAGAUGAAAUUGAUUCGUCUGAACCGGAUAGUUACGUUCUAAAUAAAUAUAAAGUAACUCGAAAUCGCAAAAAACCUGUGAUCGUUUGGCACGAUGCUGAUAACAGAGGACAAGAUGAAAGCGACUUUUCGAUGAAAUUGGAGAGAAUUAAUGAAAAAACUGAUUCAUUAAGGCCGCAUAGUUAUAAUAUACAUGGACACAAAGUAACUCACCAUCGGAAAAAACCCAAGAUGGUUUGGCAUGACGUUGAGAAUAACAGCCAAGAGCAUAGUAGCCGAUGGAAUGAUAACCUUUCGAUUGGCAUCAGCGACAUGAAUACUGAUGGAAAAGUUUCAUGGAUUAUGCCAUAUAAUGAUGAAGUUGACGUUUUCAAAGGAAUGAAACAUACACUAAACAAAGUUACUGAAAAUCACGUAAAACCUGUUUGGAAUGAUGAUUUUGAUAGCAAUGCUGAUGAAUAUGAAAGUAAUCAAUGGGAAGGUCUCAGUGUUAGCGAUGAUAGUGAUGCAAAAGGAUCGCUGGGACAAUCAUAUUCAAUGAACGAGGGACCUGUAUCUCAGAGUACUGAUGAUGAAAAAGACGCAAGUGAUGAUUUAAGCGAUGAAGAAUACGAUGGCAACGGAGAUUUGAAUGAAAAUAACGUAAAAUUGGUUGAUGGUAAUAAUGACGAUUACGCACAAUAUGAUAGCAGCGCAAACGAUUAUUCGGGAGAAUUUGAUGUUAGUACAAGUUUUGAAAACUAUACUGACAUCACGGAAAGUCAGAAUCCCGGUUUGGUUGAUCAUGCCACACCAGUAAAUGGGAAGAAAAAUGUUCAUGGUUGGAAUGAAUUUAACGUUUCAGAAGAAUCGAAUAAUCCUAGUUUAUGGAAGGCCUGGAACGUAGCUAAUGUUUCGAUAGAAUCUGAUGACUCGAAGGAAUCCAACGAAACGUCUAAUUGUAAUCAAGACGACAUUACAAAUGCAGUAAAGGAGAAACAAGAUAUAACAAACGAUGAGACACCGUUUAAUGCUAAUGGCAAUGGAGAUUCUGAUGGAAAAAGCAAUAAGUUAGUUAUAACUUUUGAGAAUGAAGGGGUGAAUAACGAUGGGAGAAAUUGUACAACUGAUUUGAAACUUGCUCGCUCGUAUAACCUUUCGUUCUUGUUUUACAGAUAAAAGACGAUAAAAAAAACUGCUAGCUAACGGCUCACGAUAUCGUUUAAGUUAUAUAAUGACUUGAAAUGUGCUGGACAGAUAAGAUAUCAUAAAUAAGAGUUAUAAUAUAGAUAUAUAUAUUUUUAUAGAGAAGUUUGCAAAUACAAUGGUCGGGCGAUUUAGAUUCGGCGGAUAAGAACUGAUGGAGUUACGCAACGGAUAGGGAUGGAGGGAGGCCUUUGCCCAGCAGUGGGAUACCACGUACUAAUAAAAAAAAAUAAGAUUUCAUUAAUUAUGAUAUAAUGAUUUAUGUUACUUAUUAGUUUAUGUGGGAAUUUCGGGAUAAAAAGUACCCUAUGUAUUAUUACAGGUUAUAUUCUACCCGUGUACCAAAUUUCAUAACAAUCCGUUCAGCAGAUUUUUCGUGAAAGAUUAGCAAACAUACACACAUACAUACAUCCUCACAAACUUUCGCAUUUAUAAUAUCACUUGGAUUAAUUAAGUACUUAAUAUCAAUGAUAAUUGAUAUUUAAGCUGAAAGAGAAUAAUAGAAAUGUCUGUGUUGUGUUGACGCCAUGUUGAAAAAUACAUGUUUUCGAUUUUGUCAUAUUUAUUAAGAUGAACUGUAGUAAUUCACACAAUAAUUCGAGCAUAAUUAAAAAUUUUAUCUGUAUAAAUGCAGCAAACUAGUUCAUGUCAUUAAUAUGUUAAUUAAGUUGUAUUUAUAACCUUUAUUGUAAGUUGAUGCAUUCAGAAAAUGUAAAAAAAAAUGCUGAUGAGUGAAAUUAAAUGCAAGAAGCAAUGUA